UUCUGGGAUUCGCCGGGCUAUAACUAUCCGAUAUUGUGCUACUUGGUAACAGUCACUGAAUUAGUUUGUUCAAACUUGUCAUAAGUGCAUCGCUUUAGCUAUGGGACCUCGUCCGCUGCCUCUGCUCUGCAGCUUGAUUGCCGUGGUUUUUCUCGUCAGCCGUGCAAAAGCAGUCGCCUUAACCAAAGCCUCGCCUCUCCAUAUUCUCUUUGUUGUCGUUGACGACCUCGGCUGGAGUGAUGUCGGAUUUCACGGCUCGAAAAUUGAGACUCCAAAUAUUGACGGAUUGGCGGCGGAAGGUGUCGAGCUGGACAACUAUUACGUUCUACCGGUUUGCACCCCUACGAGAAGCGCUUUCAUGACAGGAAGAUAUCCAAUCCAUACUGGUAUGCAGCACUUUGUGUUGGGUCCGGCAAGUCCCUAUGGAUUACCUCUCAACUUCACCACUUUACCACAGAAAAUGAAAGAAUUAGGUUAUGCAACUCAUAUGGUUGGUAAAUGGCACCUUGGUUAUAACAAAUGGGCCUAUACACCGACUUAUCGUGGGUUUGAUUCAUUCUAUGGCUAUUACAAUGGAGCUGAAGAUCACUACACCCAUGAAAUCCAGAACAUAUUGGACUUACGAGAUGAUAAAGAACCAGUGAGGGACCUGAAUGGGACAUAUGCCACAUUUGCUUUCACAAAGCGAGCAACCGAAAUUAUCAAGUCACAUGACCCAUCAAAUCCCCUUUUCAUGUAUAUGGCAUUCCAAAAUUGCCAUGGCCCCGUCCAAGCACCUGAAAAAUAUACAGAAAAGUACAGUUUCAUUACAGAUGAAACUCGUCGAACCUAUGCAGGCAUGGUGAGCAUUACAGAUGAAGCCAUAGGCAAUAUUACACAGACCAUGAAGGAUGCUGGGUUGUGGGAAGACACACUUAUGGUUUUAACCACUGACAAUGGAGGAAUCCACAGUCGUGGAGGAUAUAAUUAUCCCCUUCGUGGAGAGAAGACAACUUUAUGGGAGGGAGGGGUGAGAGGAGUCAGUUUUGUCCAUGGAAAUAUGCUUGGCAGGAAAGGAGUCAAAAGUGAAGAACUUAUGCAUGCUACAGAUUGGUAUCCAACAUUGGUAAAUCUUGCAGGUGGUGACGCAGAUCAAGAAUCAAUACCCCUGGAUGGUAUGGAUGUUUGGAACGCCAUCUCCCAUGGUGACCCUUCACCAAGGAAGGAGAUUCUUCUCAAUAUUGACCCUCUUCCUUUUGACAAUGAUGAUCCAUCUGUUUCCUUCUAUGAGGGAGUUGCACUGAGAUCAGGUCAUAUGAAAAUUCUGAUGGGAGUGAAUAAUGAUACUUGGUAUACACCUCCUGAGCUUGGUGGGAAAUCAGAAAGCAAACAUGUGAUUUCCCCCAGAAAAGAUCAAGUCCUGGAUUUGUUAGCAUCUACCAAGGAGAACGUUGGAAGUCGCCUGAAAGUUGUUCUAUAUAACGUGACCGCUGACCCAACAGAACACGAAGAUCUUAGUGAGAAACUUCCAGAUGUAGUCAAGGAAUUGCAAGAGAGAGUGCAGUACUACAUAAAAGGGAUGGUGCCUCCGUUCAACAAAUUGCCUGAUCCUCGGGCUUUCAUUAAAGCAGAAUUGGAAGGCAUCUGGACACCAUGGCAAGAUUAAAUUACUGUAGAUGUACAGUGCUGUGAGAAGUACCUGCCAACUAAUUUAUUAGUUGCUCAACAUUUGUGGAGCUGUUAUCUUAGUGUAUUGCAGUCUAAUGCACUCGAACCAAUUCACCAAAGAUUACGGAGUCACAAAAUUUUAGUUUAAGUUUCAAAUUAGUGUAAAGUACACUUACUUCGCACGUGUACAAUUAGGUUUGACACUGUGAAUAUCACUAAAUCAUGCUUCUCUCGUAUGAAUAUUCUACGAUCAAACCCUUGCUACAUUAGAAGCGUCUGUAUUGGAGUCUAGCGCAGUCGCACGAACUGGUCAGUCACGAAGCUUUCGUGCCAGUUGUAAAGCACAAUUAAUUUUGCACGUCAUAAGUAUAAUUUGUAGUCUUGGAACGUGUAACGGAAAAAAAUAAACAUAACAAAACAAAAACCAGAAAUAGUUCUUCGUCCAAAGAGUGUAUCAGCAGACUUUUGCAAUUUUUAGAAGCGUUGGUACCCUUCUUUAAUUAUGUGUGUAAAUAGAUUUAAAUGACAUAAA